AAGCGGCUCAUUGCUGUGUCACUUGGUCCUCAGUUAGACUAAAUGUGAGACUUGAGUGGUCGACGUUGUUGUGCAAAUACCACUCUAGUUUUCUUGGCUACAACAGAGAAGCAAUAUCUUCGAAAAAUACAACCACCCUUAUUAGACGACAAUGCAGAACAGUGCUGUGCGAGACAUGCGGACGGAGCCCGUGACUGCGGAGGAGGAGUACGAGAGGAACCCUGGACUGAAGAAGGAGGAUAUUGCAGAGCUCCGGAGUUGGAUGAAGUCACAGCCUCAUCUCCCUAUAGUGAAUGAUGAACAGCUGAUUCUGUUCCACCACAGCUGCUACUUCAACUUGGAAGCUACAAAGUCCUGUAUAGAAGUCUACUAUACCACGAGGACCAAUACUCCAGAAUUCUUCCAGAACAGGGAUCUCUCCAGGCCGGAACUCCAGAAAGCGCUAGAAGUGCUCCAUUACGCUUGUCUCCCAGUAAAAGACCCCAAUGGCUACCAGAUUAUCUUCCACCGGCUCCACCAGACCGAACCCCGCCAGUAUGUGUUCAACGAUGGGGUCAAGCUACUCUCCAUGGCGAUCGACGCCUGCCUCCAAGCCGAAGGGACCGUCCCAGGGUACAUUUUUCUGUUUGACAUGAAGGGAGUGAGGUUAGGACAUCUCACUAGACUCAGUAUAUCGUCCCUCAAGAAGUUCUUUCUUUACAUACAGGAAGGCAUGCCUGUCAGGUUGAAAGCAAUCCACAUCCUCAACACGCAACCUGUCAUUGACAAGAUCAUGAUGCUAAUCAAACCCUUCAUGAAGAAAGAGUUGACCCAGUUGAUCCACUUCCACCGAGAGAAUGACAUGGAAGCUGUGUACAAGGUGCUUCCUCGUAGUUGUCUCCCCAAAGACUUUGGAGGGGACCAGUCAUCCUGUGAAGAUUUGCACGUUGACUACUGCCAGUGGAUGCAGAAACUCCAGAGCCACUUCAAAAUCGAGGAGGAGUACAGGGUAGAUGAAAGGAAGCGGAUCACUAGGAAAGGAAGCAGGAAGGGCUCCAUCGAGCCCGAGCCCGAUCUAAGGACCUUGGAAAUUGACUGAGUUUGUUGUGAAGGGUCAUUGGGCGCCGUGCAAUCCACAACGCGUGGCAAGUUCCAGGGCCACAUUAGUUGUAACCCUGAUCGUGUCUCGACGUUUAUGAUGGUGAACGAUUUGUGGAGUUACCAGACUCGCGGGACUGUGUUUCGAUAUUUCGGAUUGUAAUCCUAGACAAUUAAGCUUAUUCGGUCCAUUAAUCACACUUAAAAAGAAUCACAUCACAUACCUGAUGUAUAAAUAUACAAAAAUAAUUUUAUUUUUCUCUUUACACUAAUAGACAUCAGUUACAUAAAAUAUCUACACCAACUUAUAUUUUAUCAAUUUUGACAAUUGAUUGUAAUAAGCACGCUUUGUCUAUUUUAUAAAUGUAAUAAUGAAUAUGGAAACUUACAAAAUUCUAAUGUAAUCAUCAAUCAAUUCAAUACAUUCCUAACCUAAUUUUUUCUGCUAUACACUGUAUUGUAAAUUGUAGGACAAAAUUUUAAUUGUAUUUCUCUACAUACUCCUAGAUCUUAUAUUGUUCUGCAAGAAUUAAUUAAGUAUGGUAUACGACGCGACUAUCCGAAAUUGGUGGGGCUAAGCAUAUUUUGGCUUAUAUAAAUUUCGAAUAACCUGGACAGCCCUUAUAAUUUGCUUCUGGAUGGUAUAUUGAUAUAUAAAAGUUAGCAGCGGUAUAAUACACACACACGCGCGCGCGCGCGCGCGCGCUUCUACGGUGAAAUCAACUUCGCUUCUUUUAGCUAUAGUAUUUGGCUUUUAGCCAUUAAUAACAGGAACCAAUAUUAUAGUAUAAUAGUACAUUUUGUCUAAUUUUUAUAAUUACUUUGGAUAACCCAGAA